UCUGCAGGUAUAACCGUUGAUAAAAGUCAUUCUUACGGUCUGCUGACGGUCUAUCCGGUCUAUCCACGAUUGUAUCUUAAGUGUGACUGAGCGUGACUGACGAUGAAUAAAGAAAGAUAGUCGUGUUGGGAGACAGAAAAGUUAGAUGAGAGGUAAUUAAUGCGCCGCGAAUGAUAGACGUGCGUUCAAGAGUUCGUUGCCUUGAAAAUCUGCGACGGGUAAUAUUCGUCCGACAGCUGAUCGACUCGUGCAAAAUUCCCGUCCUCUAGUCAAGCGUGUGUCUGCACAAUGGCCAAUUAUGUGUUACGAGUCAAAACGAAAUCGGGUCAGAAGGUCGUGAACGGUCUGCUCCCGACUGACCAACUGGUCAAGUUGAAGUCGAAGCUCGUCGAGCUAACGGAAAUACCGUCCGAGGCACUUCAUGUUCUCUGCGGUUUCCCACCGAGACCGAUCAACAUGAACGACGAGUCGGCUUCGCUCGAAAAAUCCGGUAUUAAUUCCGGGGAUACUUUGAUCGUCGAGGAGAAACCACCGAUUUAUAACGGGACGCAGAACAAGGAUAUCGGACGAUCGCACAUCCUGGAAGAGAACAACUUCGACAAUAAGCCUGGAGUGUUUAUGAAAAAAGUUGUACCUGCAGAUAACUCUUGCCUGUUUACCAGCGUCGGUUAUGUACUCAAUGGCAAAAUCGACCCUAGCUGUGCCAGCUACAUGAGAGAAAUUAUAGCAAAUGCCGUGGCAUCCGAUCCCGACGAAUAUUCCGAAGCCUUCCUAGGUAGACCAAACCCUGAAUAUUGCAAGUGGAUUUUAAAACCAGAAUCUUGGGGCGGAGCCAUAGAACUGUCGAUAUUGUCAAAGUUUUACGGAUUAGAAAUAGCGAUAAUCGACAGUAUCAAUGCUAUAAUAAACAGAUUUGGAGAGGAUCAACAGUAUUCGCACAGAGUCUUUCUGAUAUUCGAUGGGAUUCAUUAUGAUCCUCUUUACUGGGAGCCUCUCGACGGUGGGAGCAUACAAACGAUGUUUCCUACUCGAGACGAGAAGAUACUGUUCGAAGCAGCGGAACUCGCGAAAGAAGUGAAGUCUAGUCGUCAGUUCACAGACGUUCAAAAGUUCACGUUAAUGUGCAACGAUUGCAAGGCUAGAUUAAACGGGCAGCUCGAAGCUCGACAACACGCCAAGGAGACCGGUCACAUGAACUUUGGGGAAGUAGCCGUCUAGCGUACCGAAAUGAAGCUAAUGACGACGACGACGAAUUUAUAAACCGAACGUUCCCGUUCGAGAAUCCUACCAAAUUCGAGUCUCAAAGCAAAAUUUUCUACUUAAGCGAAGCUCUCCAGCCUGCACGAGGAUCGUUUAAACAUGUAACAUACACAGAUUUUUAAUUUUGGCUAAAGACCGGAAGUCUCUUGUCAAACGAUUAAAACGUAAUCACAUUUCUCAUAGUACAAAGUAUUGUCAUUCGGUGUGUACCCUCGGUUUCAUACGUCACGAGGAACGAACACUUGUUUUAGUUUUCUUUUUUGUUUUUUGUUUUUAAUGGAAACGGAGGAUCAGUCAUUAGUAUUUCCCCUCUGCUUUUACCUUGUCCCAGUCAUGAUCGAACCGGCGCAAUUUUAUAUAACUGCGAUUGUAUAUACUACAAACAAGGUAGAGUUUUUGGUCAUCGGAAUUCACUUGAAAAAGCGAGAUGUCUUGACUAUAGUAAAUUCCCUGGGUGCAAGGACACAUUGAAAAUACAUGUGCUCUUUGGCGAGAUUAAGAAUCUGUGAUAAUCGUGAUUAAAUUUACCUAAACGAAAUAUUCAUAGCGUUAUCGGCAGUGACAUUUGUUCUACACUCAUAAAUAUAUAUAUAUAUGAAUAUAUAUCGAAAUAAAUUAACGAUAAAGUUGAUUGUUGAGCGAAAUGGAGUAUACGUAAAUUCGCUUUCAAAUGGCAGAUCGAUUUAGUACCGUUAAUAAUGAAUUUUAUAUAUGUAAAUGAAAUACAGUAAAAUGAAGUAUAUAUACACGUACGAGCACGACACGUUUUUCUAUAUAUAUACGAUAUUUAAUAUUUACUACAUAAAUUGAUGAGAUGCAAAUAAAUACAAGUCGUAACUAUUUAUCACUCAGGAAAAGAUUAGACUCGCCAGUUUAUAUUUAUACAGUAUACAGUAUAUUUUCCAAGUGCAAUAAAUCAUCUAUUUACACUA